AUGCUACCGAGACGCAUGCCAUUGAGUCUUUUCAGGCGAUCCAAGCCGUCGCUGUGCCGCGCCUACAGCUCCAGCCAUGCCAUCAGAGAGCACGAUGUGAUAAUCCUGCGUCAACGAGGGACCAAGGAGCCCAAAUUUCACCUCUCACCCCCUCUCCGAUCGGACGCGGCGAUCAAACUUUCCUAUGGCAGCAAAGUCAACGGCUCCGACAUCAUUGGAAAGUCCUUUUCCGACACGAUCAAGGACAGCGGCGGCCGCAAUGUGCGACUCCUCGAGGCUUCCCUAGGGCAAUACGUCGCCAACUCCCCGCGCGUGGCGACACCGAUCUAUCCCCAGGACGCCAACCUCAUUGUGUCCUUCCUCGAUCUGAACCUCCCGGUACCCGGCGAGGAUCCGGACUUUGACGCCGGCCCGCCCGUCGAGAUCUUCGAGGCCGGCACGGGCAUGGGCUCGCUGACGCUGCAUCUCGCGCGCGCGAUCCACGGCGCGAAUUCACCCUUGCCGCCGCGCCUUCGCGACGCACUCUGCACGGCGCCGUACGCGAGAAAUACCCUACGGAAGGAGGUUGCGUCAGACGAUGCGGCGGAGGAGGACAAGGAGGUACAUAAGGCCGUACCGCACGCCCUCGACAUCGAAGACCCGGAACUCGCGGCGCUGUACAAGGAGCACCUGGCGAGUCGCCGGGCAAUCCUGCACACGCUGGACGUGAACCCGACAUCGAGCCGGAUGGCGCACGGCCUCGUUCGGCACUUCAAGAGGGGUCUGUACCUCUCCAACGUCGACUUCCACGUCUGCACGAUUCGAUCGUACCUCGCCUCGCGCCUUGCACAAAAUGGAGGCGUAGCAUUCCUCUCACAUGUGAUUCUCGACCUCCCGGCCUCGCAGGAUUACGCCGAGAUGGCCGUCAAGGCUCUCCAGCCCGACGGGAAAGUCGUCAUCUUCUUCCCGUCCAUCACGCAGAUCCUCGACUUUGUCAUCUGGGCAAAGGACACGGAGCAGCCGCUGGUGCAGGACCGCGUCGUGGAGCUGCAGACGUCGACGUCGGGUGAUGACAUGUUCCAGGACGGCACGGGCGGUCGGAACUGGGAUGUCAAGGUUGUGGCUAUUCGCAAGGCGAUUGAGAGAGGUGAGACGAGCGCGGCGGCAAGGGGGAUCGUUUGUCGACCCAAGGUUGGGUCGCGGGUUGUUGGGGGUGGCUUCGUUGCGGUGUUUACCAAGUUGCCUCAGAUGGCUGCCAAGCUGGAGGAGAGCUCGGAUGAGGUUGCACCUGUCCCUGAGACUACAACUAUCUCUGAGAUUGCAUCUGUCUCUGAGGUUGAGGUGUUGCCUGAGACCGAGGCAUUAUCUGGAAAAGAAGCGCCAGCAAGCUCAUAGACGUGAACUUAUCAGCGCGGAAGCAAUGAAGGAGAAGAGCGCGAGCUAGUAAGGUCUUCAUACCUCCUCCGCCUGCUCCUCCUGUAGGAUAUUUGUACGAUACCUGUAUACAUAAUGGCAGUCUUGAUACACCACAUAGAGGAAAAGAAACACAUAAAGACAACUUCCGCCAUAGGCAGAACAGAGAGGGGUUUAUUCAUG